UUUCGGUUUCAUCCCCGCUGAUAAAGUCAAGUCAUGAAGUUAAGAGAAAUGAGCUUUUAAGUAAGUUACCAAUGUUGGUUCAGUUUGCAUUUGUUGCAGUGUUUACGCCUACACCUGUAAUGGAAAUAUUAUCGCGUGAACUAAUAAGUCGACACAUAAGUAGACUCGGUAGUAUUUCGAAAUAGUUUGGGGGAUAUUUCCAGUCAGAAAACAGUAGCUUUGCAAAGAACGUUAUUCUUACCUGUACUACUGUAGGUCUACUUACUGUAUAUCAUCGCAGUUACUGGUUUCAUGGGCAGUAAUCUUAAUGUACACGGGGAGGGAAUUAGUUUCACUUUCGAUGAAACGUCCUGGACUCUUUCUCUGGAAACUUUCAUGUAGCCUUGAAAUAUGAUCAUGUAGCCUUGACCUGAAACACACUGGACAAUAAACGAGUUUACCUUUGAUGUCACAGUGUCUCCAACACCGACGUGACGAUGGAGAAAAAGGGAAGCAUGAUUGAGGUUUUUGGGGUGCCAGAUGUUUUACCAGCUGACAGGACAGCUGAUAAACUGCAGAUUUAUUUCCUCACAGCCAAACAUGGAGGAGGAGAGGUGCUGAAGGUGCUGUACCCCUGUAAUCAGCCGGGGCAGGCUUUCAUCACGUUUGAGGAGCCUGAGGUUGCUGCUCGAGUCUUGCGAAAGGGCUCCCAUGUGUUGGAGCUGAAUGGUCAAAAAUAUCAUCUAACAGUGAAAGCACCUGAGCAUCUUGAGAUGGAUUUACCAGUGGAGGCAACAGUACAUUUGAAUAUUUUCCACAAUAAGGCAGAGGUACGAGAAAUCCUCAGGUCAAAUGGCUUUGCGUUGACAGAUCUGAGCAGCGAUCAGGUGCGUGUCAAGGGUUCGUUUCUGAAACUUAGGACUGUGAAGGCGUCUUUGGAGCAGCUUCUUCAAUCACAAACUAAGACGGGCAUCACACCGGUCCCAAAGGCUUCCUCUGGAGCCAUUUCCAAAUACUACACCAGCAACAGCUCAGUGACACAUGGUAACGGAAGCCAGUUAGGAUCCCGAGAAAUGCCUCCGCAGGCUUCUCCAUCUUCACCCACCACCUCCUCAUCCUGGGCAUCUGGCUCUUCCAAAAAACAUCCAACCUCUCCAGAGUACAGAGCUUCAUUUUCUCCUAGGCCAGACCAGCGUGGCUCAUUCAGAGCUGGAAGGGAGUCCUUUGUCAUUGAUGCAGAUGUGUUUAGGUAUGCAGACCGGCUCAGGAAAAAAGACAUUGAAGGCAUCCUAAACAGCCAUAAUGUUACAAUGGAAAAGCAUGAAGUUGGUGAUAGCUUCAACAUCACUUUACUGGGGAAGAGUGUGAGUGUAGCUGUCGGUAAACUACAGAGCCUUCUGAAUGAUCUCAACAAAUCACUGCGCACACAGGAAGUUCCUCUGAAGGACAUGGAUCGUGAAGGCCGGGAUCUUUUAGAAAGAAUUCGCAAAGACAAAAACAUUUACAAUUUAGUGCUUGUAUGUCCGAUGAAUGACAAACUUCACCUGAUAGGACCGUCUGGUGAGAGCUACGAGUUAAAGCUGAGGCUGUUGGGGAGGUCGGUUGACCAGUCAGGACGUACAGGCAGGACACCCUCCCGGAGGAGGAGCAGCUCUCUUCCACCAAUCAGACGCAAGAACACAGACAGAGAUAGCCGUGCCAUCGCUUAUCCAUCUCCUAUUGCAGCUGCAGGUUACUCUCCGUCAAAGUACCGGGACGAUAAACAGGAAGGUGCUGAGCGUGAGCGGGGAGCUACUGCUAGUUUUGGUCCAAGGGGAAGAAGCCACUCUGAGUCCCGCGGAAAAACCAAGGCAGAAAGCAUUAAUGUGCAAGAGGUGGUAACCAAACCUCCUAAAUCACCCAGGCAAGCCUUAAUCCAAUGUAUAUCAAAAGAUAUAAAGAAAAAAUUUAAAUCUUUGAGAAAAUGAAAAAUGAGCAUCAGUUAUGUUCAUGAAGGUAGACAGACAGCACUGAAACCUUUUUUUUUUUUUUUUUUAACACUCUUAGUACUGUUUAUAUCAGCCCA